AAACCCACACACAUCUCUUUCUCCUCUUUCUCCUCUUUCUCUCUCUCACAUAUGAACCCAAAUUCCCUUUUCCCUCAAACCCAAUUUAUUUCUAUACCCUUUCUCUCUCAAAAGUUUCUCAAACAAUUUUUCAAAAAUGGGUUUACACUCACAGCUCAAUGACUUCUCUUACCAUUCUCUCCCUCUCUUCUUCCUCUCUCUCCUUGCCAAUUUCCUCUCUCUCCUCCGCUCCGCCUUCCUCUCCCCCGCCGACCACCGUUCCGAUCUCUCCCCUCUUCCCCACCACCUCCAUCUCAAUCGCCUCCUCUCCCACCCCUACUCCCACUCCGACGACCCCGACUCUCCCUCCGAUUGCGUCGUUUGUCUCUCCCCUCUCGCCGCCGGUCACCUCGUCCGCCGUCUCCCCUGCCGCCACCUCUUCCAUAAAGACUGCCUCGACGGCUGGCUUCACCAUCUCAACUUCAACUGCCCUCUCUGCCGCUCUCCUCUCCUUCUAGACCAGCGCGUCCCUCUCACGCGCCACCGCUUCCGUCUCCCUGACCAUGUUAUCGCUUGGUUCUCUCUUCGAUGAUCCCACGGCUCCGCUCCUGCCACGUGUUCCAAUCCCUUUCUCUCCUUUUCUUUUCUUUUUUUUCUUUUUUACAUUUUUCAGAAUAUCAUUUUUUUUUUUACAUUUUUUCCUUUUACAAUUUUUGACCUUUACUUUUUCCUUUUAGAUUUUUUAAAUAUAUUUGUAGCCUUUUUUUUUCCCCUUUUUGAAGAAUCCUCACGGAUUUUUUUUUUUUUUUAAUAAUUUUUUUAGAUUUACUGCUGUAAAAUUUGCACAUUCUAUGGUGUUUAAUAAUAGAGAACUAUUCGUAUUAUAUAA